AUGCGGUGGCGGUUACCGGGCGCUAGUUCGACCCUCCCCGCCAGCGUCGCCCUUCUUCUUCUUCCAGCCCUGGUUGUUCCGCAGCAACACCCAGAGUCCCAUGACUCCAUCCCUCGAGUCUCCGUUCCGCUAGCCGCGAAUGGAGUCCCUUCAUAUUCAAAACAUACAGUCUCUGCGGCUGUUCCUCCCAUCGUGAAAUCCAACGAUGCGAGCGCCCUGGCAACUCUGGCUCUGGCGGGCUCCGGCCGCGCCGUUCGAGCCCCUCUCACCCAGGCUAGCAGUACAGCUGCUGGUCUGGCGUCGCAGCUUCACGCGCGGUCCUUGCAGGACUGGGAGGUUGAGGACUUUGUCCUGUUGGCGACCAUUGACGGAACUAUUCACGCCCGAGACCGCAAAACUGGUGCUCCCCGCUGGGCUCUAGAAGUCCCUAGCAGUCCUGUGGUUGAGAGUAUCUACCACCGUGCCAAUCGCACCAGCUUCGACGCAACCCAACCUGAAGACGAGUUUCUUUGGAUCGUGGAACCAAGCCAAGAUGGCAGCCUCUACAUAUACAGUCCGGGCCCAGAAGCAGGACUUCAAAAACUUGGUCUGACGGUAAAGCAGCUGGUUGACGAAACGCCAUACUCCGGCAUUGAGCCUGCCGUUACAUAUACCGCCCGGAAAGAAACAACCUUGUAUACCAUCGACGCCCGGACUGGCAGCAUCCUGCGGGUCUUCAGCUCUCGUGGACCAUUCCAGUCUGGUCAGGAGUGUCGCAAGGUGGAUGGACAAGAUCUCGACCCGGAGGAGUGUGAAACCUCAUCUGGUACAUUGGUUCUUGGCCGUGUUGAGUACGCCGUUGCAAUUCAAAAUACUGAGACUGGGGAUCCAAUCUGCACAUUAAAAUACUCCGAAUGGGCGCCAAACAACCGCGAUAUGGAUUUGCAGAGCCAGUAUUAUCGCACAAUGGACCUUAGCCAUGUUUACAGUAUGCACGACGGUGUUGUACUUGGGUUUGAUCAUUCCCGGAUGGAUCGCCCUCGCUAUACGCAGCGCUUUCAAUCCCCCGUGGCUCGAGUCUUCGAUGUGGUGCGACCGAACAACAAGGAUGCCCCCGACGCUUCAACUCCAUUGGUGCUUCUCUCACAACCACUUCAGCCACCGGACCCCGACUACGGUACACUGGAUGAUGAUCGAGAUACGCGCGUAUUCAUUGAUUCGACUGGUGCAGGAGGAUGGUAUGCUCUCUCCGAAGAAACCUAUCCUCUGGUUACCGGGCGUGCCCCCAUGGCCCAAUGCUACGACAAAGAUUUCUUCCGCCGAGGGCAGUCCCUGAUGAGCUUGACACCUCAUCAGCAGCGAGAUGCCCUGGCUGGUGUACAUUCGCUCAAUGGUCCGCAAAUUCGGCCAUCUAUUCCACGACUUGGCAGCUCCACGACAGAAAUCUCCAAUGACACACCACGAGAGGUUCUACGGAGCCCAUCGGAGCUAGCUCUUCCUCCUGCUUUACGACACAGCACCAUCAUUCGUAAAGGCUGGGACAAUGCUCUUGACAUUGUCGUCACUCUUAUUCUGCUCUUCAUCGGUACAUUCAUCUACUUCAACUCGCAUCACAUUAGAGACCUGGCCAAGCAGAAGCUAGACAUUAAGAACAUCAUCAGCUCGAACGACAAGUCCGCUCUCUCGGCGCCAACUACGCCCAUUCUGGGUACAACACCAGAUUUGCCUCGCGCGUCUACCCCUCAGCCAAUGGCUGAUGUGACUGUCGAUGUUGACUUGAUAGACUCCGGGGAUGCCACUCCACGUCCCUCCCGAGAUCGCAGCAUGCCACCGGAUAGAACUCCCCGCGUCAAGAUUAGUGAGCCUGACCGUGAAACAGAGGAAGGGGAACUAGACGAAGGAAGUCAAGAUCCAGACAAACCAGCAAAGAAGAAACGGUCUCGUGGUACACGAGGUGGAAAAGGUCACCGCCGCAAGAAGAAGCCUGGCACCGAAGGUGAGGUCGGCGAGCAUUCUGACCAGGGAGUUGAGCUGGUGAAUCGUCUGGCCUCACAGACUCGUCAUGAAUCUGACGCUCACUUGACACACACUGUAUCGGCUGAAAUUGUGCAAUCGGAUGGCGUCGUUCGUAUUGGACGAUUGGAGGUCUUCACAAACGUCGUUCUUGGUCAUGGCAGCCACGGAACUGUGGUCUAUCGCGGUACAUUCGAUGGUCGAAAUGUGGCUGUAAAGCGCAUGCUUAUGGAAUUUUAUGACAUUGCAUCACACGAGGUGGGUCUGCUACAAGAGAGCGACGACCACCAUAACGUCAUUCGCUACUUUUGCCGUGAACAGGCUACUGGGUUCUUGUAUAUUGGCCUGGAGCUCUGCCCAGCAUCUCUCCAGGAUGUCAUUGAACGGCCAAUUCAGUUCCCGGAGCUGAUACAAGGGGGCCUGGAUCUGCCAGAUGUUCUUCGUCAGAUCACCCAAGGAGUUCGAUACUUGCAUUCGCUCAAGAUCGUUCACCGUGACUUGAAACCACAAAAUAUCCUGGUAGCCAUGCCUCGUGGGCGAACAGCGUCGCGCGCCAUUCGUCUCCUGAUCUCCGACUUUGGCCUGUGCAAGAAACUGGAGGAUAACCAGAGCUCUUUCCGAGCUACUACUGCUCACGCUGCCGGAACCUCUGGCUGGCGAGCACCGGAACUACUUGUGGAUGACGAUACUGGGCCAUUGAGUCUUGCGUCCCAGCACACCGAAUCUUCUGAGCCUGCUGUCGUGGAUCCUCAGACGAAUCGCCGUGCCACCCGCGCCAUUGACAUUUUUUCCCUGGGCUGCGUCUUUUAUUAUGUAUUGACCAGGGGCAGCCAUCCGUUCGACAAGAAUGGCAAAUUCAUGCGAGAGGCCAAUAUCGUUAAGGGCCAAUUUGAUCUACAAGAGUUGGAUCGUUUAGGUGAUUACGCCUUUGAGGCGGAUGACCUUAUUCGUUCUAUGUUAUCUCUUGAACCACGCCAUCGCCCCGAUGCCAGUGCAGUCCUGAUGCAUCCCUUCUUUUGGCCUCCAUCUGAUCGACUAAGCUUCCUCUGUGACGUAUCGGAUCAUUUUGAAUUUGAAUCGCGUGAUCCCCCGUCAGAUGCACUUCUUUGCUUGGAGUCGGUGGCCCCGCAAGUUCUUGGACCCGAAAUGGAUUUCCUGCGCCUGCUCCCUCGCGACUUCAAGGAUAACCUUGGCAAGCAGCGUAAGUACACUGGUGACCGGAUGCUGGAUUUACUCCGUGCUCUCCGUAACAAGCGUAACCACUACAACGACAUGCCAGAGAACCUGAAAACGCAUAUUGGCGGACUGCCGGAAGGGUAUCUGAACUUCUGGACGGUCCGAUUCCCCAGUCUCUUGAUGAGCUGCCACUGGGUCAUUGCUGAGCUACAAUUGACCCAGAUCGAUCGGUUCCAACGGUACUUCCAACCACCGGAGUAG